AUGGACGAGCUGAGUUUGUCGUGGCAUUUGGAGCCUCGGGGGACUGUGCUGAGGGCUUAUCACGGGGGCAUUCGAGUCCGCUCCGACCAGCGGCGGGCACGCUGCACCUGCAUCGCUUCUAUUUCUUCGGAUCACGCGUUCAACUUGCUCCUGCCAACGAUCUUCGUAGGGAAUACGCACCAAUUUGAUUUAAGUUUCACGCGCACGGCCAGGGCCAGAUAUCACAGCCUCUUUGUCUGGAGAGAACGCUCGGCUUGGAUGACACACCAGCUGAUGCAGAGAUAUCUUGAGGUGCUAGCUGCUUUGCCGCGUGACAAGCCGCUGAUACUGCUGUGUGACAUGUGCCCUUCUCACUUGGGUUUGGACAUUUUCACGUUCGCCCAAGCGCGGGGGGUUCGCAUGGUCAUGGUGCCGACCCAUCUCACGUGCCUGUUACAGCCAUUAGACGUUUGCGUCUUUCGAUCUUUCCGGUGUGCUAUCGAAAGACGGUGGAAUGAAGCCCGCAGCAGGGCCCCGCAAGGUGAGUUGUCCAAGCUCGCCUGGCUGGAAGUGGUGGCUGGAGCCGUGCAGGCUGUGCUGCGUGAGAAGGAGUGGCGCCGUGCGUUUCUCACCACCGGCAUCAUGGAGAAGCAAGAGCAUGUGCUCAAGGCCGAAUUGGAAGAGUUGCGGCAGCAGCGGGCCCACUUGCGACAGCAAAUCAAGGUGAACCGUGCGCAAACCAAGGACGCCAACCGACGAAAGAAGAAGUUGUUGAAAGCUGCGCGGCAGCUGAAUGUGGAGGACCUGAAGAGCUUGGUUGCGCUAAAAGCAGCGGACUGA